AGAAACAGCAAUAUUGCGUACUUUUAGUUCAUUUAAUGAAAGGGAAAACUCUUGAUCUCUUGAUAACAUUUACAGUGCAAUAUCCUCCGCCACCCUCCACCGGCUAAAGGCAGGCUGGUGCGCUCGGAUAGAAGUGAUAACAAAAAGUGCAUAACGAUUUGCGAGAGCUGCCAUGAUUGGCAUAAUAUGAGAGGGUUGCCAUUCGUUUCUUAGUUGCUCGGAUUGUAUAAAAAUCUACGCCUGUACGAGGGGGGCCAAAGUGUAACAUGCAUUGGAUCAUAAAUCUCGACGGCGGACCCCGCCGGGUGAACCACGCGUCUGUGGCCGUAGGUGAUGUGAUUUACUCCUUCGGGGGGUACUGCACUGGCGAGGACUACAGGUCGAAUAGUGCAAUCGACAUUCACGGACUCAAUACGCACAGCAUGCGUUGGUCGUCGAUUCCUCCAAUGGAGGACGAAAACGGUGUCCCCUGCAAGUACCCGGAAGUUCCCUUCCAGCGAUACGGCCACACGGCGGUAGCGUUCGAGAAGAAGGUGUAUCUGUGGGGUGGCCGAAACGACGAAAUCGUGUGCGACAUUUUGUUCUGCUUCGACACGGCAACCCGCAAGUGGACGAGCCCGCCCGUCACGGGCACGGUUCCUGGGGCACGAGACGGACACUCGGCCUGCGUUUAUGGGGCUCGCAUGUACAUUUUCGGCGGCUUCGAGGAGAGCAUAGAUAAAUUUUCGUGCGAUGUUUACUUCCUCGACCUGCGCACCUACCACUGGACCUACGUGAAUACCCUCGGGGAGCCUCCCUCUUACAGGGACUUUCAUUCGGCCACCGUUGUCAACGAAAGAAUGUACGUGUUUGGCGGCAGGAGCGAUGCAGUGGCACCGUAUCACUCGCAGGAGGAAAUCUACUGCCCGCAAAUCAAAUAUCUGGAUUUCAAGACGGAAUGUUGGCACGCACCCAAGACAACGGGAGAAAUCCCGUUGGGUCGACGCAGUCAUUCAGCAUUUACGUACAACAACAAAAUUUACAUAUUCGCGGGCUACAAUGGCAACCUAGACAUGCACUUUAAUGAUCUCUACUGUUUCGAUCCCGACCGCAACGUGUGGCGCUUGAUGAAGCCUCAAGGACAGGCUCCGCGUGCGAGACGGCGCCAAGCGUGCCUGGUCAUCGGAAAACGCAUGUUUCUUUUUGGAGGCACAUGGUACGUUGGGGGUAGAGAACCUUGCGCCAUUUCACCUUCCGUAAUCUAUGCUUCCGCCUUCUCAUACAGCCCAACGAUCAAUGCCGACCCUUCGUCGUUUGACUACAGCGAUACGCACGUUCUUGACUUCGAGCCAACGCUUUACACACUCGCCAUGAUAAAGGUUCUAGAGUACAAGCUGGACACAUUAUGCUUGCCUCGUAACAUCAGGAUUGAGCUUAGAAGCAUCUCUACGCCCAACAAAAUUGGCCGAGCACUGAACAAAGGCUGAGGAAUAAGAGGACAACAAACGGCCCCCGGACCGAGCACGUAGAUUCGCACAUUUAGACGGUUAUUAAUGCAAAUUACCAUCCAGUCAUUAUUGAAUGUGUAGUGCGUAUUGAAAUUGUAAAAACAAAAAUUAUUUAAUUGAGGUAAAAUAUAUUUGUUGAACGAAGAACGCUCC